AUGUCGUCGGUCGUCGGUCGUCGGUCGUCGGUCGGCUGGGGCCAGCGAGGGCUUGGCGGGGCCAGCGACGGGACAGGGACAGGGACACGCGUCGACUUCACCGCGUCGGCGCGAGAUCAGCUGCUUCUCCACGCGACGCCCGACCCUGACGAGCGACGCUCCACAUCCGCCACUUCCCCCCGCCGGACGCAGCCAGACGUUGCCAGACGUUGCCAGCCGUGCUGUGCCCCGGCCAGCGCCACGAUGCCGCCGCUGCCCGACGGCAAGGUCUACUCGGCGACGUACAGCAACGUGCCCGUGUACGAGGUCAACGUCAACGGCAACCAUGUGAUGCGCCGGCGCGCCGACGACUGGAUCAACGCAACGCACAUCCUCAAGGUGGCCGACUACGACAAGCCCGCGCGCACGCGCAUCCUCGAGCGCGAGGUGCAGAAGGGCGUGCACGAGAAGGUCCAGGGCGGGUACGGCAAGUACCAGGGCACCUGGAUCCCCCUCGACGACGGCCGUCUGCUGGCCGAGCGCAACGGCGUGCUCGACAAGAUGCGCGCCAUCCUCGACUACCUCCCCGGCGACCGCAGCCCUCCGCCGGCGCCCAAGCACGCCACGGCCGCCUCGAACCGCAUGAAGCCCCCGCGACAGAGCGCCGCCGCCGCCAGGGCCGCCAAGAGCGCGACCGCGGCUGCGAAUGCCAUUGCGAGCGCCAAUGCCGCCCAGAAGCACGUCUACUCGCUCGAGUCGAUCCAGUCGUUCGUCGGCGCCCACUCGCACGCCAGCGACGACCCCUACGACACCCACUCGCAGCUGCCCUCGCACGCGCACUCGCACGCGCACUCGCACUCGCACUCGCACUCGCACUCCCACUCGCACGUGUUCCGCGACGACACCCCCGACAACGAGACGGUCGUGUCCGAGUCGAUGCUCGGCGACCACGACCUGCUCGACGCUGCCCACUACUCGGCCGACAGCCGCAAGCGCAAGCGCGGCAUGGACCAGAUGUCGCUGCUCGACCAGCAGCACCAGAUCUGGGCCGACCAGCUGCUCGACUACUUCAUGCUGCUCGACCACAAGGACGCCUACUCGUGGCCCGAGCCGCCGCCGGGCAUCAACCUCGACCGCCCCAUUGACGAAAAGGGCCACGCCGCCAUGCACUGGGCCGCCGCCAUGGGCGACGUCGCCGUCGUCAAGGAGCUGAUCCACCGCGGCGCCCGCAUCGACUGCCUCUCCAACAACCUCGAGACGCCGCUGAUGCGCGCCGUCAUGUUCACAAACAACUUCGACAAGGAGACCAUGCCCUCCAUGGUCAAGAUCUUCCAGCAGACCGUCCACCGCACCGACUGGUUUGGCUCCACCGUCUUCCACCACAUCGCCGCCACCACCAGCUCCUCCAACAAGUACGUCUGCGCCCGCUGGUACCUCGACUGCAUCAUCAACAAGCUCUCCGAGACCUGGAUCCCCGACGAGGUCACGCGCCUGCUCAACGCCGCCGACCAGAACGGCGACACCGCCAUCAUGAUCGCCGCCCGCAACGGCGCCCGCAAGUGCGUCCGCUCCCUCCUCGGCCGCAACGUCAGCGUCGACGUGCCCAACAAGAAGGGCGAGACGGCCGACGACCUGAUCCGCGACCUCAACUCGCGCCGCCGCAUGCACGGCCGUCCGCGGCAACCAUCCUCGAGUCCCUUUGCACCGCCGCCUGAACACCGUCUCAACGGCUUUGGACGGGACCUCGAAGGCGGGCCUUUGCUGCCCGUCCAGCUGCCCAACGCCAGGGCAGAGCGCUCACCACCCCACCAAUACCGCAGCCAAACAGCAUCCCACCUCAUGACCAAAGUCGCGCCUACACUACUGGAAAAAUGCGAAGAGCUAGCCCUGGCCUAUGAGUCCGAACUGCAAGAAAAAGAAGCCGAGUCUUUUGACGCCUCGCGCGUCGUCAAGCGGCGACAGGCCGAGCUCGAAGCCGUGCGCAAGCAGGUCAGCGAGCUGGAGAACCGCGUGCUGGAUCUCGACGACGAAGACGUCGACACACGGCAAGAAGACGAGCUGAGCCAGCUAGUAGCCGAAGCCGAAAGCCUGCUCGAAAUCGAGCAAAAAGCCGAACUGCGCCGUUUGCUCUCGGCCACGCCCCAGCAGGCCGCCUCGACCUCGACCUCGACCUCGACCUCGACCUCGGACGACGCACACGACAAGCUCCGCCUCGCGCUGCUGCUCUACCGCGCCCAGCUCGAGCGCAGAGACCUGGUUCGCGCCGUCGUCGCCAACCUCAGCGUUGCCGGCAUGAGCGAGCGACAGGGCGUCUACAAGGGCCUCAUCGCAAAGGCCCUCGGCGAGCGCGAGGAAGACGUCGAGUCCAUGCUGCCCGAGAUCCUGCGCGAGCUCGAGGAGGCGCAGACCCAGGAGCGCGCCGAGGGGCUGGAGACGAGUCCGCUGUGA